AUGACUGAGGUCGGCCACACCGAUCUAUCGAGGCUGCUUCAAUCCAAGCGUAACGAAUUCAAUGCAAUCGUAGCGUCUCGGAAGAGGAAACUUCGCGAGCUCUUCGCUGUCGCGACGCAGGCCGAGAGCCUCCCGCAGGAUGCCUUCGCGAAUCCCGACGCGCCGGCCACUACUGCUGCGGAAUGGCAGUUUCUUCAGACCAGCGAAAUCUUGCAGGGCAAAACUCUGAACGAACAAGCUAUUCCGCUACGGCCCUUACUUUCGGUUGAUUUAUUGAAACGAUUAAUCGCAAAAUCAAUACAGGAAGCAGCCCUACACUCCCCAACGCUCCCCACGCCGGCUGCUGCAUCUACAAAAGAAGAUGCUUUCGUCUCAAAACAGCAAACUCUACCGUCCGAUGGCUUUGCGUCGACCGAGUCACAGCCUACGCCUCCCGAGGAUACCACCAAACCGUCAGCGAAAUUAACGAAACCUCCGCCAACUCCUGUCGCCUUAACGUCCAGCAGCAUCGUGCCACAUCCAGCUGGAGCCUCUGCCGUUCCUGUCCAGCCCAAGGCUAUUUCCACGCCUUCCACCGUUCUGCCGCCUGCAAAGGAUGAAACGAAACAGCCCGAUCGAACGACCAAUGGAGCAGCGAGUGAAGAUGCUACACCCGAACGGAAACCAGCACAAGUUUCUUUCCCGCCGGGGACCAAGGGAUCGCCUUCAGAGGAAUCAUCCGAUACAGUACCGACGAGAGCAGAAGGGGAUGCAGACGUUACGGAAAAUAGAGUAGUCGAUAAGCUUCAAUCGAGCCAGACGGGACGUAAUCAGGAGCUGUCUAUCAAGGUCCCGCACAGUUUGACCAAGGUUCCAGAUGCGCUUUCAUCUCCUGGAUCAACGGCACCAAGUGCCACGACUCCUGGGGUCCAUGAUGUGUCGGCGGAUACCAGCCCUGAGCAUGAUGCUCCUCAGUACAUGCAUGAUCGAUUGGAGGAAGACGCUGAAGAGAAAGAAGAGAGGGGCGAUGAGUUGGAAGAUAUUGCAGAAACAGAUACGGGAGCUAUGCCAACCAGGGCAAAACACGAUGAACCAGAGCCAAAAGCUACUACACUGGAUGAAGAUCAGCUUCUCCAGGAGUCCAUUCGUUCAAGUGCUGCCGCCGCAAGCCCGGAACUAAUAAAAGCUUCUUCCGGACUCGAAGUCAAGACCAACGCUACAAACUCUAAUCAAGGGGCGGACCCCGCCGCAAAGCAAGAUAUCGAGCUGCAAGAUAAACAUGCUCAGCCAUCGGCGGCGCCAGCCGCGAAGCCCGCCAUUGAAGUUCCGGACAGCCAAGAAGAAACCCCAGAAAAAAUGGAUGUGGAUGCCACCCGGGUCACGAAGUCUGAAAGCACCGAAUUGCUUCCAACUCAGACGCCUGCUGCCCCGCCUCCAGCUUCCAUAAACGCUGCGGUCAAGUCUACGCCUGCCAGGGAGCCACUUCCGGCUCCCGAAAGGGCAGUCACAAGGGUAUCAUCUGGAGCAAUGCGACUGAAAUCUGUAUCGGAAAUUGUGGGGGAGAGCCCGCGGUCUGCCACCAUCACAGAACGAAGCACGACCAAAGCACCGCAAAACCACCAGUUGACGCCGGUUACCUCGACGCCUCAAUCGCCGCCCCCUAGGCCGAAGAAUAUGAACAAAAGAGACAGGUCAAAAGCUCAGGUGUCAACCGUUUUAUUCGGCAAGCAGCCCAAGCAGGUGGAAGAGAAGGCGCUGGUCCCUGGCCAAAAAGAAACAAUUCAACCAUCCGAUGACUACUACACCCCUCUUUUCAUUCAGAACUUUACAGGCGCGACAAACUGGAUGCAACCUAUUGAAAAGAUCCUUUUCCACGCAAACAAAACCAUCGCCACCCCUGACGCUUAUCUCGCUAUACAAGAUCACCAGGCCUGUAAGGUACUCCGUAGAGUAUAUCACCUACAGCAACAUGACAAGUGGUCUCUUCGACAGCCAAAGCGGUGCCCAGAGCCGACUCGCCCGCCGUCACAUUGGGAUGUUUUGUUUCAGGAGAUGAAAUGGAUGCGGACGGAUUUUCGAGAAGAAAGAAAAUGGAAGAUGGCCGUGGCCAAAAAUAUUGCCUACGCCUGUGCGGAUUGGGUUGAAUCGACUCCUGAAGAGCGCAAAGCAAUGCAGGUCGCCGCGUUUAUCCCUCCGUUGAAGACGGAUGAUGUGCCGAUGGGUGAUGCCGAUGCACCUGAUGCUGAGGCUGAAAACCAUCCGACUCCGGAUCUCAUAACGGAAGAUGCAGAUUCGCCCCAGAUUCUGGACAAUCUUAGUGAGGAUUUCCCUGAAACUGUUGCACCUUCCGCCAUAUUUGCCCUGCAAGAGGAUGACGUAGUAUUUGCUCUACGGCAAUCACCUGCCUCAGACAAGUUGUUGGAAGAGCUACCUUUGUAUGGGGCCCCUUUGAAGAUCCCGCGGUUCGAGCUUACAGGACCAGAAUAUGAUCCUGACGCUCAUUGGCGACGACCCGCUCUGCCUCUAAGCAAGUAUGUUGAGGGAGAAAUGAAGCUGCUCUCUGACGGCCCUCCACGAAAGCGCAGUCGGUACAGUUAUUAUAACGAAGAAUCUGAUGACGAAAAGGAGAGCGCGUUCGAUGCGGAUACACUCGCACACAAUGUCCGGCUUCCACCUAGAAGCACUGAGGUUGCGUUAUUUACCCCAGAGUCGAAACACAUCCGCGAUCGGCUGCACGCUGGCCACCAGUUCCGGCCACCUUCCGAACAUCCCAUGCCGCUACAGAGCUUUUACGAAACUCGCAGUUCUUCACAGUGGACCGUGGUUGAAGAUGACGAGCUCCGUAGCUUGGUUCGUGAACACUCUUAUAAUUGGUCACUAAUUUCCAAUCUGCUAUCCACCAGAUCAAUAUUUGCAUCGGGUGCAGAGAGGAGGACGCCGUGGGAAUGCUUCGAAAGAUGGAUAAACCUUGAAGGUCUUCCAGCUGAUAUGCAGAAGACGCAAUACUUCAAAGCGUACAACACCAGGAUCGAUGCAGCUCAACGUAUCAUUGCUCAGCAAAACCAAUUGGCAGCACAGCGAGCUUCCCAGGAGGGAGGGCAAGUAACACCAAUUCGACGAAGGCAGUCUACUCCACUGAGAGUUGAAAGGCGCCGAAAUCAAAAGCACUUGACUCUCAUUGAUGCCAUGAGGAAGCUUGCCAAGAAAAGAGAGACGACAAUUCAGAAGCAGCAGCAUUCGGCAACUCAAAACGCUGCGAAGAAGGCCAACGAUACUAUGUCUCAACGCCCAGGAAAAACUCCGCGGGACUAUAGUAUAAUGCGCUGGGAACGCGACCAAGCUCUGGCUGAAAAGAUGGCGCAGUUUGCGCAGCGGCAGGAAGCUCAACGACGAGCUACUCUCCAGGCCAGAGCCCAAGCCCAAUCCGCCCAGCUGGCUGCACCCGGAGUGCCCGUACCAGGCGCUCAAAAUCCCGCUCAUCUUGCGGCCGCUGCUGCCAACAGCGUCAAUGGCGUGGUCAACCGACCCGGAGCUCCUAAUCCGCUUGCUGUCGCUGCGGCUGCUGCUGCGGCUGCGGCACAGAGUCGCGCACGUUUGCCCAUGCAGGCACCUGCUAACGGCAUGGACGGUGUAGGCGUUCAGGCGCAGAUGAGCAGCAAUCUCGCUCCACCGGCGCAGAUGAACGGCAUCCCGCAGGCUCAGUUGCAAGCUCUACAAGCAAUGCAGGCCCAGCACAGGAUGCAAAUGCCUGGCCAGCAACCUGACGCCAACAUGAUGAUGCGCGCGCAACGCAUCUCCGAGCAGCAACGAGCCGCGGCCCAGAUUCAACAUGCGCAGCAGCAAGCCCAAGCCGGCGUUGUAGGAGGAGGAACCCCUGUUCCGCAAGCGCAGCAGAAUUCCUCGCCCGCUAUGCGAAACGGAGUCCCUGCUAUUGCUCAACAGCAAACCUUUAUGAACACUGCUCAGGCUAUGAUGGCGUCUUUCAACGCUGCUAACGGCCAUACCUCAGCAACGAGUGGUCUGCAUAUGCCUACACUUACCAACAGUGGUUCCCCGGGCCCUCGACUGCCAACGCAAAUUCCUCCCACCAUAGCCGCGCAGAUCAACGCUCUAGAAGCCAACUUUAGGAGCAAGAAUCCUAACCUGUCACCUGAGCAACUUCGCCAUCUCGCUACUGAUCAGUUGACACGCGCUAUGAUGGCGCAACGGCAGAGUGCCAUGAACGCUGCUGCGGGACAGCCCGGCAUUGCAACUAGUAUUGCUGCUACCACCAGCCCUCAUCAAUAUGCCGCGCUGCUUCGUCAACAACAGCAGCAGCAGGCUCAGGCUCAAGCGCAGGCCCAAGCCCAAGCCCAAGCACAGGCUCAGGCUCAGGCACAGGCACAGCAGCAGGCACAACGCCAACAACAGCAUACGCCGCAGCCGCAGCAGCCUCAGCAUCAGCAGCCACAACAACAUCAACAGCAGCGGCCUCAGCAGGUUCCUCAGGUGCAAGCGCAACAGGCGGCUCAGCAGCAAGCCCAGCCACAGCAACAGCAACAGUCUCCCGCCCUGGUGCAGCAGCAACAGCAGCGGUCAACUCCACAGCCCCAGCAGCCGCAACAAUCUCAACCUCCACCUCCACCUCAACCUCAACCUCAACUUCAGGCUCCGACUCAAGCUCAGGCCCAACCUCAAGUGCAGACUCCAGCCCAGGUACAGCAACAGCAAGCCCAGUCACAGCCGCAAUCUCAAGCCUCACCUCAGUUACCGACGAAUCCCCCAUCGGUCAGUCCGGUACCCGUUCAGCGUCAGGCUAGCGGAAGCGCAACACCUUCUUCAAGCAAAUAAUGAUUAGCGUUUUUUUCUGGAAUUGUCUUUUACUUGUACUCCUUGUAACUUUUUAAUGCGAUGUCUUGAGUGUUACUACCUUUGGG